CGGCUGAGCCGGUUUCCGGGGCCGCUGGUGUGACGUGUCCCGCGCUUGGCGCAGCAGGAAGCGGCGGCGAUCGCGGCCUGAGUUCCCGGUGCCGGCCCCGGCUCCUCUCCCGCUGCCGCCAUGCUCGACUUCUUCACCAUUUUCUCCAAGGGCGGGCUUGUGCUCUGGUGCUUCCAGGGAGUGAGCGACUCAUGCACCGGGCCCGUUAAUGCGUUGAUUCGUUCUGUGCUGCUGCAGGAAAGGGGAGGUAACAACUCCUUCACCCAUGAGGCACUCACACUGAAGUAUAAACUGGACAACCAGUUUGAGCUGGUGUUUGUGGUUGGUUUUCAGAAGAUCCUAACACUGACGUAUGUAGACAAAUUGAUAGAUGAUGUGCACCGGCUGUUUCGGGACAAAUAUCGUACAGAGAUCCAGCAGCGAAGUGCUUUAAGUCUAUUGAAUGGCACUUUUGAUUUCCAAAAUGACUUCCUGCGGCUCCUUCGUGAAGCAGAGGAGAGCAGUAAGAUCCGUGCUCCCACUACCAUGAAGAAAUUUGAAGAUUCUGAAAAAGCCAAGAAACCUGUGAGGUCCAUGAUUGAGACACGGGGUGAAAAGCCCAAGGAAAAAGCAAAGAACAGCAAAAAAAAGGGGGCCAAGAAGGAGAGUUCUGAUGGCCCUUUGGCUACCAGCAAAGCAGUUCCUGCCGAAAAGUCAGGUCUCGCAGUGGGGCCUGAGAAUGGGGUCAAACUUUCCAAAGAAGAGCUAAUACGCAGGAAGCGAGAGGAGUUCAUUCAGAAGCAUGGGAGAGGUCUGGAGAAGUCCAGCAAGUCCAUGAAAUCCGAUGCUCCAAAGGAGAAGGGCAAAAAAGCACCCCGCGUGUGGGCGCUGGGUGGCUGUGCUAACAAGGAAAUCCUGGAUUAUAGCACUCCCACCACCAACGGAGCCCCUGAGGAUGCCCCACCUGAGGACAUCAGCUUGAUUCGAGGGACUGGGCCUGGGGGGCAGCUUCAGGAUCUGGACUGCAGCAGCUCAGAUGAUGAAGUGGCCGCUCAAAACACCACCAAACCCAGUGCUACCAAGGGAACUCUGGGUGGCAUGUUUGGGAUGCUGAAGGGCCUUGUGGGGUCCAAGAGCUUGAGUCGUGAAGACAUGGAGUCCGUGCUGGAUAAGAUGCGUGAUCAUCUCAUUGCUAAGAAUGUGGCAGCAGACAUUGCAGUCCAGCUCUGUGAAUCUGUGGCCAACAAGCUGGAAGGGAAGGUGAUGGGGACAUUCAGCACGGUGACGUCCACAGUAAAGCAAGCCCUCCAAGAGUCCCUGGUGCAGAUUCUGCAGCCACAGCGUCGUGUAGACAUGCUCCGGGAUAUUAUGGAUGCCCAGCGUCAUCAGCGCCCUUAUGUUGUCACCUUCUGUGGCGUUAAUGGAGUGGGGAAGUCUACUAAUCUUGCCAAGAUUUCCUUCUGGCUGUUAGAGAAUGGCUUCAGUGUCCUCAUUGCUGCCUGUGACACAUUUCGUGCCGGGGCUGUGGAGCAGCUGCGCACACACACCCGGCGCCUGAGUGCCCUGCACCCCCCGGAGAAGCAUGGUGGCCGCACUAUGGUGCAGUUGUUUGAAAAGGGCUACGGCAAGGAUGCUGCGGGCAUCGCCAUGGAAGCGAUUGCCUUUGCACGUAACCAAGGCUUUGAUGUGGUGCUGGUGGACACAGCUGGCCGCAUGCAGGACAACGCCCCUCUGAUGACUGCCCUGGCUAAGCUCAUUACUGUCAACACGCCUGACUUGGUGCUGUUUGUGGGGGAGGCCUUAGUAGGCAAUGAGGCUGUGGACCAGCUGGUCAAGUUCAACAGAGCCUUGGCUGACCAUUCUAUGGCUCAAACACCUCGGCUCAUUGAUGGCAUUGUCCUUACCAAAUUUGAUACCAUUGAUGACAAGGUGGGAGCUGCUAUUUCUAUGACCUACAUCACAAGCAAACCCAUCGUCUUUGUGGGCACUGGCCAGACCUACUGUGACCUACGCAGUCUCAAUGCCAAGGCUGUGGUGGCUGCCCUCAUGAAGGCUUAAUAUGUCUCCUGCCCCAAACCAAAUCACUGCUUCCCCCCAAAGCCCCUCUUCCUAUAACAAGAAUGUGCUUUAGAGUCUGUGAGCGACUUCUCUUCAGUGUAGUACAGAGGCAGAGUGAUGGGAGCCCUAGGGGCUGGCAGCCCAGCC